AUGAACGCUACCCUCUUGGUAAGCGGGACAAUCACAACGACUGUCUUCACUCUGAUGAUGGAAUGCACACGAAAGGAGGUUCCGCCCAAUGUCCACGCAACACACUACACCAUUUUGUCCACAGCGGAAAUCCUCGGGAAGCUGCUGUUUGCUACAGUUGCCAUGUACCUCGCCGAUGUGAUCGGCUAUGCCGCAGCCUAUGUGAUAUUUUUUUUACUUUCCGUCCUACCUCUUUUGAUAAUAUUCACCAGGAAGAACACCCUGUUAGUGUAA